AUGAGGCAGCAGCAGCAGAAGCACCGACGACUAGGAGGUGGUGACCGGGAGGCCGAGGCAGCAGCAGCAGCAGCAGCGAGCACCGGAUGGCGGCGACGAGGAGGCGGAGACAGCAGCAGCAGCGAUCAGUGGGAUCCGGAGACCUGGCGGCUGAGGCAGCAGCAGCAGAAGCACCGACGACUGGGAGGCGGUGACCGGGAGGCCGAGGCAGCAGCAGCAGCGAGCAGUGGGAACUUGAGAACUGGCGGAUUAGGCAGCAGCAGGAGAAGCACCGACGACUGGGAGGCGGCGACCGGGAGGCCGAGGCAGCAGCAGCAGCGAGCAGUGGGAACCAGAGACCAGGUGGCUGAGUCAGCAAUAGCAGAAGCACCGACGACUGGGAGGCGGUCACCGGGAGGCCGAGGCAGCAGCAGCAGCGAGCAGUGGGAACCGGAGACCUGGCGGCUGAGGCAGCAGCAGCAGAGGCACCGUCGACUGGGAUGCGGAGACCGGGAGGCCGAGGCAGCAGCAGCAGCGAGCAGUGGGAACCGGAGAACUGGCAGCUUAGGCAGCAGCAGGAGGAGCACCGACGACUGGGAGGCGGCGACCGGGAGGCCGAGAAAGCAGCAGCAGCGAGCAGUGGCAGCAGCAGCAGCGAGUAGUGGGGACCGGAGACCUGGUGGCUCAGGCAGCAGCAGCAGAAGCACCGACGAAUGGGAGGCGGUGAUUGGGAGGCCGAGGCAGCAGCAGCAUCGUGCAGUAGGAACCGGAGAACUGGCGACUGAGGCAGCAGCAGCAGAAGCACCGACGACUGGGAGGCGGCGACCGGGAGGUCAAUGCAGCAGCAGCAGCGAGCAUUCGGAACCGGAGACCUGGCGGCUGAGGCAGCAGCAGCAGAAGCACCGACGACUGGGAGGCGGUGACCGGGAGGCCGAGGUAGCAGCAGCAGCGAGCAUAGCAGCAGAAGCACCAACGACUGGGAGGUGGCGACCGGGAGGCCUAGGCAGCAGCUGCAGCAGCGUGCACCGGAAUGGCGGCGACCAGGAUUCGGAGGCAGCAGCAACAGCAAGCAGUGGGAUCCGGGGACCUGGCGGCAGAGGCAGCAGCAGCAGAAGCACCGACGACUGGGAUGCGGUGACCGGGAGGCCGAGGCAGCAGCAGCAGCAAGCAGUGGGAACCAGAGACCUGGCGGCUGAGGCAGCAGCAGCAGAAGCACCGACUGUUAGGUGGCGACCGGGAGGUCGACGUACCAGCAGCAGCAGUAGCAGCGAGCAACGGAUGGCGGCGAUCAGGAGGAGAAGGAAUCAGCAGCAGGCAGCAGUUGGAACCGGAAUUCUGGCGGCUGAGGCAGCAGCAGCAGAAGCACCGACGUCCGGGAGGCGGCGACUGGGAGGCUGA